ACUGUAACUGAGAAAAAAAGGAGCUGCAGUUUAAACAACUAAAAGAGACUUUAAAUCUUUCUUUACUGAAAGCUCCUGAUUGAGUUUAGCAGCAGUGCGUCGCGGCUGUGCGUAAAAGCCAAACUCUCCAUCCUCCUCCUCCUCUCAUCCUCUGAACCUCUCCAACCCGGGCUGAGCUGUGCUGAGCUGUGCUGGAACAGGAACCAUCACUUACCGCCCAUCUGCUGUAUGACUCUCUGUAAAGCGAGCAGCAGCAGCAGCAGCAGCAGCAUUAAGCCGCCAUGGAGGUGUUUAAGAGCCGGUUCCUGGGCAUCGGAGUGGCCGUUGCGCACGGUGUUUUCUCCGGCUCGCUGAACAUCCUGCUGAAGUUCCUCAUCAGCAAUUAUCACUUCAGCUUCCUGACGCUCAUCCAGCUGCUGACCAGCAGCACAGCAGCUCUGACUCUGGAGGUGCUCCGGAGGCUUGGGAAGGUCACGGUGCCUCCGUUCAGCCUGCAGCUCUCCAAGGAGUUUGGUCCGGUGUGCAUCCUCUCCACGCUGCAGUCCACUCUCACUCUGUGGUCUCUGCGCGGCCUCAGCCUGCCCAUGUACGUCGUGUUCAAACGCUGCCUGCCGCUCUUCACGCUCAGCAUCGGCGUGUGCGUGCUGAGGAACGGCGUGCCGUCCAUUGGCGUGGUGAUCGCCGUGAUAAUCACCACCAGUGGAGCCGCACUGGCUGGUGCUGGCGACCUCACUGGCGAUCCCUUCGGUUACGUCACCGGCGUGUUGGCGGUCAUCAUCCACGCCUCCUACCUGGUCCUGAUCCAGAAAACCAGUCACGACAGCGAGUACGGACCGCUCACAGCGCAGUACGCCAUCGCCAUCAUGGCCUCGCCGGUGCUCCUCGUGUGCUCCCUCAUCUCCAUGGACACCAUCCACAUGUGGUCGUACGACGGCUGGAAGGACCCCCACAUCACGGUGAUCUUCCUCUGCUGCAUCUUCAUCGGCUGCGCCAUGAACUUCACCACGCUGCACUGCACCUACAUCAACUCCGCCGUCACCACCAGCUUCGUCGGCGUGGUCAAGAGCAUCGCCACCAUCACCGUCGGCAUGCUGGCGUUCAGCAAUGUCGCGCCGACCCGCCUGUUCAUCGGCGGCGUGGUGGUCAACACCGUCGGCUCCAUCAUCUACUGCGUGGUCAAGUACUUUGAGACGAAGAGGAAGAGCAUGUACGAGGACCUGGAGGAGGCCGGGAAGGACGGAACGUCGCCCGGCGAGCCGCACGCAGAGAAGCCGUCUCUGAACGGCGACGGGCCCGCCGCCGGCGCUCUGGAUCUAUCUGAUCCGGGACAGAUAGAGGGAAUGUUGAGCAGUGACAGGAAGGAGGAGGUAGCACCAGCUGGAUUGGCCAACGGGGAGGUGUGGACAGGAGACGGCGCACAAGGAGACGGAGGAGCGAACUCCCGCGUCAUGACGGAACAGGAGGCGCUGGAGAUGCAGAGGGAGCACCUCAACAGGGAGAACGCCGCCCCCGGGCAGUCGGCUAGUGACAGCUACGUCGGGGUGUGGCGCUCCAUCAGACAUCUGCAGUUUAUGAAGAAAGAGCCUUUGAUUGAUAACAUGGAGCAGCAGAGUCCAUGAGGGCGG